UCCGUAAAAGAGAAGGGAUUUGGAGAUUUGGGGGCGGAACCCUAGCUCCGGAUCUUGGAUGGUUUGCUUCCAGGCGAGGGCGGGUUGGAACCCUAACUCCGGGGUGUGCAGUCGGUGAUCUGCAGAAAGCUGUCACCUUUGCGAAAGAAGAAGUCCUCUUCGCUUCAACGGUUAAAGUUUGUGGGAUGCAUUUGGUAGCUUGACUGCUGUUGGCUGUAGUGCUACAGUGACUUCAUUCUGUGUGAUAUAUAUUCCACAGUUCGCUCACUGUGGGCUCAUUUAGUUUCUUAUGCUUGGAUGGAAGAGAGACAGAAUGUCCUAACUGUAAUUUGUUGGUGAAUGCAAUCAGAUGCUGUAAGCAAGGUGUGCUCUGUCAUGAUCUUGUGGACAAGGUAGACUAGACAAUAAGCAUUUUGACAGUGGGUUUCUUCCUAAUCGAUCCAGAGAGUGACUACGACUGAGAACUCCAUAAAAUAGGGAAAUUAGGUUCCCUAAAUGACAUCCCAGUCAAUAUAAUGUCAAUCUGAAAUACGGAAUCACUCAUUUGAGCAUGUUUUGCUACAAUGUAUCAAGCUCCAGCUAGAUGACUCAUCGGUAGACAUAACUGUGGUAACACUCCGAAGUGGAUUGUGGUAUGCGUUUCUCAUGUCUGCAGUGAUGUUGGAUGCAGUAUGCCGGUGACCGUGAGGAGAAAUGCAGCAGCGAUAUUCUGCUGCCAGCUGUGGUGGUGGAGUUAGUAACAGUGCUGUUGGUGGGGCAUCUUCAAGAGAGAAUGCUAGGGUUGAAUCAUCUUAUUCAGCAUCCAACUUUUCCUUAAAUUCAAGGCGACAGUCCCAGGUACCAUCUUACAAGCUGAAGUGUGAUAAAGAACCUCUUAACAGCCGCCUUGGGCCUCCUGACUUCUACCCCCAAACCCCCAACUGUCCUGAAGAGACACUAACUAGAGAAUAUCUACAGUCUGGAUACAAGGAGACUGUUGAAGGAAUUGAGGAAGCCCGAGAAAUUGCAUUAACUCAAGGUCUCAGUUUCUCAAAAUUCGAGCACAUCUUAAAGUUUAAAGAGGCAUUACGAAAGCGCCUGAGGGUUAUCAAUGAAUCUCGUGCUCAGAAGCGUAAGGCUGGCCAGGCUUAUGGAGUGCCUCUUUCUGGGCAACUGUUAACUAAAGCUGGUGUCUUUCCUGAGCAAAAGCCAUGUAAUGAAGAUGCACGCAGGAGAUGGAUUGAGGCUUUGUCGCAACAGAAUAAACAGUUGCGGUCCUUGGCAGAACAUGUCCCACAUGGUUACAGACGGAAAGCGCUCUUUGAAGUUCUUAUCCGCCAUAAUGUUCCAUUAAUAAGAGCAGCAUGGUUUAUCAAAGUUAACUAUCUUAACCAGGUUCGACCAGCCUCAACGAGUGUUCCAUCAGACAAAGCACAAUUUGCUCGAUCUGACUUGUUGUCUAAAGAUGUCGUUGAGUACUUGCAGCAGCUCUUGGAUGAAAUUUUUCCAAAAGAUGGUUCUAAUAUUCCUACACCUAACAAGAAUCAGUCAUCACAAAGUACUAUGGUUGUACCUUAUCUAACACCACAGAAAAAUGACUCUUCCUCGUCUACUCCUGAUGAGGAGCCUUCUCUGGACUUCAAGUGGUGGUAUAUGUGUCACCUUGUACAGUGGCAUCUUGCAGAAGGUUUACUUCUUCCCUCUCCCAUCAUAGAGAUGAUUUUCAAUCAACUUCAGGAGAAGGAAUCACUAGAGGCUUUUGAGUUGCUUUUGCCUCUUCUGGUUGACAUGAUUGAGAGUGUUGCACUCUCACAGACCUACGUACGCAUGUUUAUGGACCUCUUUGUUCAAAAAGUACAGGAUCCUUCUUCCAGUAUUUUGAGUUCGGUGGAUACUUCUCAAAAGUUAUCCCUUGUGGAUGCAAUGGUUGGGGUUGUCCGGUAUUUGAUAGUUGCUGUGCCUGAUACUUUUGUUGCCUUAGAUUGCUUUCCUCUGUCAUCCAAUGUUGUUCCUGAUUUACGCUAUAGAAACACAUUUUUGAAGUUACCUGAGUGUGUAGAUAAUGUGCAGUUUGAUACACGAGAUGCUUAUCUUCGUUACUUGUCGUGCGGGUAUGUUGUUUCCUCUAUCCAGAAACGUGCUUCCAAUCUCUCAAACAUUGUAAACCCUAGCCUUCAAGCUCAUGGUGCUGCUAAGGUUUUACUGGCCUUGGAUAGAGCUUUGAUAACAGGAAAUGUAAUGAUUGCUUAUAAUUCUCUCUUUGAAGAUUUGUCUGAUGUGGCUGUCGAAGAGCGGUGGAUUGCAGAAAUCAGUCCAUGUCUGAGGUCAUCCUUGAAGUGGAUUGGGACUAUUGGUUUGUCUCUUAUUUGCUCCAUAUUUUUUCUUUGUGAGUGGGCUACUUGUGAUUAUCGAAAUUUCCGUACUUCCUUGCCUAAUGAUCUCAAAUUGACUGGAAGGAAAGAAUUUUCACAAAUAUAUUUUGCAGUAUUGCUUUUAAAGCUUAAGAUGGAAGAUUUGCUUAGCUUAACUCAGUCUAGUGAUGGAAAUAUCUUGCUGUUUGGUACAAGUGGAAAAACUAGCUCUGAUAAUGAUACUUUGUUGGAUGGCGCAGUAGUAGAAAAUGUUUCUGUUCCUAGAAAUAAUUCAAGGAGCUUGCAUGAUAGGAAGAAUAAAAGAGAGAUCUUUCAAGGUCCUGGUCCACUACACGACAUUGUUGUGUGUUGGCUAGACCAGCAUGAGAUAGGGAAAGCGGGAAGUUUCAGGUGUGUGGAAAUUUUCCUAGUGGAAACAAUAAGGAAUGGCAUUUUCUUUCCACAUGCUUAUGUAAGGCAGCUAAUUGCUAGUGGAAUUAUGGAUAAAAAUGAGAGCUUGUUAGAUAUGGAAAGGCAAAGAAGGCAUCGAAGAAUUCUGCAGCAGCUGCCUGGAUCGUGUUUAUUUGAUGUUCUAGAAGAAGCAAGAACUACAGAAGUCCAUUUGUUAUAUGAAUUUGUCCAUGCGUACUCAAAUGAGCGUCGGCUCUUACUUCGUGGACUUCUGGGUGGUAAAUCCAAUCAGUCAAGCAGUAGAGGUGAUGUUUGUUCAGUUUUUUCUGUGCAAAAAUAUAUAGAUUCUUCAUCUCCUGGUCAUGCUAAGACAAAGGAUCAAAUUACACAGCUGAAGGUUUUAAUUUCUCGUUUUUUGCGUUUUUCUCUUCAUUUUGCCAUGCCAAUGGAAACAUGUCUUGAUGAUUCUCAAGGAAUUUCAAAAAGAACACCAGGCUCUUUAGAAAGCAAAGUUGAUUUGACAGAGGAGACACCUGGCUGUGAGGAAUGUAGAAAAGGGAAGUGGCAAAAGCUAGUUGAUGAUAGGAGCUCUGCUCCAGAAGGGUUUUCCUCGAGUCAUUCAGAUGAUGAAGAUACUUGGUGGGUGAAGAAGGGAUCUAAGUCUCAAGAAUCCUUCAAGGUUGAACUGCCACUUAAACCAGCUAAACCUGCUUCGAGAGGUAGGCAGAAGACUGUGCGGAAAACACAGUCUCUAGCUCAGUUAGCAGCUGCAAGGAUUGAGAGUAGCCAGGGGGCAUCUACCAGCCAUGUAUGUGAUAACAAGGUGAGUUGUCCCCACCACAGACCUGUUACUGAUAGCGAAGUACCUAAGGAGGCCAACCAGAUGAUAUCAGGAAACCAAAGUGAUAUUGGUAAGGCUUUGAAGCAACUAAGAUUGCUUGAGAGGAGAUCCAUCUCAAUCUGGUUGUUGAAAUCGAUUAGGCAACUUGUUGAAGGAAAUGAAAAAGCUGCUUCGAAAGUGAGCAACUGUACUGAUGUUUAUUCUGUACCACAGCCUGAUGACAGAAAUGCUGCAAGGUGGAAGCUAGGCGAAGAUGAAAUUUUAUUCAUUCUUUAUGUAUUGGAUAUUUCUGGUGACUUCAUUUCAGCAAUAAAGUUCUUGAUAUGGUUGAUACCCAAAGUACUUUGUGGACCAAGCAUUGUUGUGCAGGGUGUAAGGAAUGCCGUAUUUCCCAAAAGUAGAGAAUUCCAAGUCUGCCAGGUUGGGGAAGCAUUUCUAUUUUCUUCCCUUCAAAGGUAUGAGAAUGUGCUUCGAGCUGCAGAUCUUUUACCUGAAGCCUUGACUGCUUCAAUUCAUCGAAGUUUGGCCACGAUAACAUCAAAUGGAAGGCCCUAUGGGUCAGUUGCUUUUGCCUAUGCUCGCAACUUAUUAAAGAAAUAUAGAGAUGUGACAAAUGUGUCAAAGUGGGAAAAAUCCUUUCGAGCUACAUGUGAUCAAAGGGUGCUUGCAGAACUUGACACUGGACGGUCGGUGGAUGGUGAAUUUAUGUUUUCUCCAGGAGUCUCAGCAGGAAUUACAGAUGCUGAUGAACACAUUCGUCAGAGGAUGAACGGAAGGAUGUCUAGAAUUGGCACAAACAUGAAGGAAUUAGUGCAGCGACAUGUUGAGGAAGCUGUGCACUACUUUUAUGGAAAGGAAAGAAAACUAUUUGCAGCUCCUACUUCCAGAAUCCAUUCCCCUGAAAAAUGGGAUGACGUUUACCAAAUAGCUCAUGAUAUCGUUUGUGGCCUUGUGGAAUGUAUCAGGCAAAUUGGUGGUGCAAGUAUAGAAGGAGAUCCCAGUGUUGUGGCUUCUGCUGUGUCUGCAAUCAUUGGUAGCAUAGGACUAGCUGUUGUAAAAUUGCCUGAUUUCACAACAAGCAGUAAUUAUCAAGCCUUUCCAUCCUCAAUAAAUUCACUGAAUUGUGUAAGGCACAUCCUGCAGAUUCAUAUAGCCUCUCUCUGCUUGCUAAAAGAUGCUCUUGGUGAUCGUCUGAACCGUGUAUUUGAGAUAGCAUUGGCUGCUGAAGCUUCUUCAGCUAUUUCGACAACCUGUGCUCCUGGAAAAGCCCAUCGAAAUCAAUUCCAGUUAUCACCUGAAACUAACGAAAUAUAUCAAAACCAUUCCAAUGAGCUUCUGAACAAUUCUACAAAACUCAUCGUUGGAAAGGCUGCUAAAGCUGCAGCAGCUAUAUCUGCGCUAGUUCUUGGGGCUAUUGUUCGAGGAGUUAGCAGCCUAGACAGGAUGAUCACCGCCUUUAGAUUAAAGGAAGGCUUGGAUGUUCUGCAGUUUAUACGAAGUGCAAGAUCUAGUUCAAAUGGCAUCUCCCGUACUAUUGGCAUGAUGAAGCUUGAUUAUUGCAUUGAGGUUUAUGUGCAUUGGUUUCGGCUUCUGGUUGGGAACUGCAGGACAGUUUUUGAUGGACUAGUUGCAGAGAUGCUUGGUGAAUCAUAUAUUUUAGGUCUUUUAAGAAUGCAACAACUGCUUCCACUCAGUUUGGUUUUUCCUCCGGCAUAUUCGAUCUUUGCAAUGGUCAUUUGGAGGUCAUAUAUUCUCAAUAGCAAUAUUGCAUCCCGUGAGGACAUCCUACUAUAUCAAUGUUUUUCAACGGCCAUUGGUGAUGCUAUUAGGCACAAGCCAUUUCGAGAAGUGUUUUUUCAAAAUACCCAUGGUUUUUAUGAUCUUCUGACCAAUGAUUCUGGUGAUUCUGAGUUUGCCGCAAUGCUUGAAUUACAUAAUCCAGAUAAACAUUUGAAAACAAUGGCAUUCGUUCCACUCCGUGCAAGGCUGUUUCUGAAUGCACUUAUUGAUGGCAAAAUGCCAGCAUUUACAGUUGCACGUGAAGAUGGAUCAUGGGUUGCAGGUCCUGCUGAACCUAGAUCAUAUGCUGAAACUGAGGCAAGCCUUUUGGAUAAGCUCAUACACGUUUUGGAUACCCUGCAACCUGCAAAAUUCCAUUGGCAAUGGUUAGAGUUGAGGUUACUUCUGAAUGAGCAAGCUCUUAUUGAAAAAAUUGAAACUCACAACAUGCCCUUUGUUGAGGCAAUUCGAUCCUUAUCUCCUAGCGCUGAAAAUUUCGCACUAUCUGAAAGUGAAAAGAAAUUCACUGAAAUUAUUCUGACAAGGAUACUUGCCAGGCCUGAAGCUGCUCCUCUUUAUUCGGAAGUUGUGCACCUGCUUGGAAAAUUACUUCAAGAAUCAUUGGUUAUGGAUACAAAAUGGAUUUUAGCUGGUCCAGAUGUUCUUCUCGGACGCAAAUCUAUAAGGCAACAACUUGUAUCGGUUGCUCAGAGGAAAGGCUUCCCAACUAAAGCACGGUUUUGGAAACCGUGGGGUUGGCCAAGUUCACUAUCUGAUUUAGCCGCUAAUAGAGGUGAGAAGAGAAAAUUUGAAGCCAUUUGUGUCGAAGAAGGGGAGGUUGUGGAUGAGAGCAUUGAUGUUAGGAAAUCUUCCAAAGUGAUCCAUAGUAUGGAUGCUGAAGGUUGCAGUUCUAGUCAGCAGUAUAUAACCGAGAAAGCUCUUGCAGAACUAAUAUUGCCAUGUAUAGAUCGAAGUUCCAAUGAGUUGCGCAAUUUAUUUACCUCUGAGUUGAUCAAGCAGAUGGGAGCUAUUGAUCAACAAAUUAAUACAGUAACAUCCAAUGGUUGUAAAUCUAGUGUGAAUCCUGAACCUUCUUCAAACAAAGGAAGCAGUCGUAAAGUAAUCCGAGGUGGAAGCCCUGUCCUUGGUAGGCGACCAACUGAUUCUGCCCCUCCUUCUGCUGCCGCUUUAAAAACUUCAUUGUGCCUCCGUUUGCAAUUUCUAUUGAGAUUGCUUCCUAUUAUUUAUGAGGAUAGGAACAUGAGACAAAUGCUUGCUCCUAUUAUACUUCGAUUACUUGGCACACGUUUGAUAUAUGAGGAUGCAGACCUAUGCAUUUCACCGAUACAUGUGGAUCCUUCCAAAAGAGAGUUUGAGUCUUCUAGUGAAGUUCCCUUGUUGAAUCAUUCUAGUGAUAGUCUGUUUGAUAGACUUUUGGCCGUUCUGCAUGGUUUGCUGAGCAGCUAUAAGCCAAGUUGGCUGAAGCCCAAGCCCGUCUCUAAGUCAGCACACAAAUCUCUUCGAGAUUUUUCUCCAUUUGAUCGUGAAGUGGCAGAGAGUUUGCAGAAUGUCUUGGAUCGCAUGGAGUUGCCUGCAACAAUCCGACGCCGUAUCCAAGCCGCCAUGCCAUUGCUUGUACCUUCUCGUCCAAUUUCUGCUCCUUGCCACCUCCCGACGUUAUCCUCAGCAGCACUCACAUCGCUGCAGCCCAGCACACCAAGUCCAGGUCCUCACCAAAGAAUCAUUCCUUCUCGGGCCUCUAAUAGCUCAUCCGGCAGAAGCAAGAGUUUGGCUUCGCAGGACCUGGAUAUGGAAAUCGACCUAUGGACACUGCUGGAAGACGGCACAAGUUCUGCUCCUUCCAUGAGUAGUGGCAGCAACAUGGGUGGCACAAGUGGUGACCAUUCCAAUCUCAAGGCUUGCAGCUGGCUCAAGGGUACCGUAAGGGUGCAGAGAACAGACCUCACCUACAUUGGGGCCCUCGACGAGGAUAGCUGACCUUGUACAAUUAUUUUGACCAUGGAACAUUGGCAGCCACAGGAGCGAUCAUGUGAGUUGCAUUUUCACACAAAUGCAAUGGGCUAUAUUAUCUUUUGCUUGGGCAAGAUCUCCCAGCUCCUGACUUUUUGUUUUGGAAUUGUAUCAGAAAAGAAAUUGGCUGUCAUGCCAUUGGCAGGUCCCUCUCUUAUGUCAAACACCCCCAAACUGCCAUGUUUCUGUUUUGCUGUAUAUAUAUGUGAUAUUUAUUUUUUCAUCAAUGAGAUGAGUAAAAUGUCUUAGGAA